AUGUCUUCUUCCGAGGAGGAGUUUGAGAGUCUGAUUGCGACGCGCGAGCGGCGCGCGAACGCAGGGUCGCGGCUGAAGAAGCUGCUGGAGGCCGAGGAGGACGAAGUGCUGGGCGAAGAAGACGAAAACGUGCAGCUGCUGUUUGCGGAAGAGGGUGAGGACAACGAGUGGAGCGACGAGAGCGACGAAAGCGAGGAGGAGCAAGAGGAAGAGGAGCAAGAGGAAGAGGAGCAAGAGGGCGGCGGGGCCGAGGAGGACGCAGAGUCGGGGUCGCCGGAGGCAAACUCAGACGAGAUGCUGUCGUCGUCGGAGCUGUCUGCGUCAGACACUGACGAGAGCGAGGGCGAGCGCGAGUUGCAGAGGGAACAGAAGCGGCGCAGGAAAAAGGUGGAGAUCCCGCCGAUCCGGAGGAAGCCCACUGCGACGGCCCCUCGCAAGCGGCGCAAGGUCGACUUGGAGACGGGCGACAGACGACUUUCGACCAGGGCCACCACGGCGCAGAAUACACAGGCUAUCCAGGAAAAGCUGGUCAGGAUGAAGGAGCGACAGUCGCACACGAAGACGCGCGUGCGGGAGGAGUACGUGGAGAAGACGCUGGAGGAGAAUCUGGAGGAGGCAAAGGUGACAGAGGAAAUGAACACGCAGUCGUUGAACCUGUUUUUCCAGCAGGAGGUCGAGAAGAAGAAGAAACAGCGUGACCUGAUGAACAGCAAGCGGUUCCGGCUGCUGGAAUACGUCUCUUUCCAGAGUAUUGCCAAGUUGGUGACGCCGCAGGACGAGCUGGACCGGAUCAGGGAGGAGAAGGAGCGAGAGGAGCUGGCGCGGCGAACUACAAAAAGGCGCGGCCGGAGACGUAAGAGCGAGAUCGAGCGUGCGCGGCUCGAGGCAGAGAGGCAGCAGCAGCAGCAGCAGGAAGAGGCGAAGCAGGAGAAGCAGGAAGAAGUGCAGCAGGAGCAGCAGGAGGUGCGGGACGAGAUGAACAUCGUCAAGGAGGAGACAAAGGACAUCAACGCGGACACGAACGAGACGGCGACUGAGAGGACGGAAGAGACGAAGCAUGACGCCGAGGACGCCGAGGACGCCGUGGAGGAGGCUGUGGAGGAAGCUGAGGCCGAGACCGAGAACGUGCCGGUCGAAGGCCCCCCACAAAAGGUGGCUGUGCAAUUCAUCGAGUCGCACCUGCGCAAGGACAUCACCCGCCUGGAGCUCAAGGCGAUCCUGUUCGGCCCGCAGUCGAUCGUCCCGGGCCCGCACCGCGACCCGCACGCGCAGACCAUCUACACGAUCAAGCGCGACUUCCAGAAAGAGCUGGAUCUCAGGAAGGUCACCAAGGAGCGCGACGCCGUGUACGAGAAGCUGCUGCAGCUGCCCAAGUUUGGCGAAACGUACCACACGGUCGAGGACCUGGGCGUGGCCAAGCAGACCGACGAGCACGUGAUCAGCAUCACGACACCGGCGCCGCUGGGCAUCUACCUGCCCAACGGGGCGAAGAAGCAGUGCCCGAUCAACGGCGAGGACGCGAUGUACUACGACCCCUCGAACGGGGUGCCGUACAACUCGGUCGAGGGGUACAAGGUGCUCAAGCACGUUGCCGAGGGCGGCUACUUUUGGACGCAGAUCGACGCAGGCGGCGUGAACUCGGUGUACAAGGGCGGCGUCGGGUGCUAUUUCGGCCGCUGGGACGACCGCCACGCGCAGGGCGUGCCGGAGGGCUUUGCUGGAUGA